CGCGAUAAGCUAUUUCCCGGCUCUAACCUCGAUUCGUUCAAGUUCACGUCAUUUGACAAGGGAGUGAUGAAGCGAAUAGCGUCCAAAAUUACGGAGAACGGCAUCGACAAAUAUCUUCCCGAGGAACCAGCAGAGAAUGGCAACCGAAACCUAGACCAAAACAGAUCCGACCUCCAUACAAUAGACGUAGACAAGGAGUCCCAGGCCCUCUGUGCGAGGUUCGCCGUCCGCUAUGCUGAGAUUCCACAGUUUGAUUCGACCAAGCUUAAAUUUAAGUUCGAGCCACCAGCAAACGGGCGGAUCACCGGUCACAUUCUAUGCUAUAUUUGUAUGGAGUGUGACAGUCAAAGUGAACAAAAGUGGCUCAAAGUCGUUAAGGCAGCUCCCACCCAUUCGUGGACAGUAACGAAUCCACAAAAGCACUUCGAUGCACAUUUUAAUAUAACGACCAGACCAACUCGCACGAAACGUGUAGCUGUACUCGAUGGCAGUGACAUCCAUUCUAUUGAUAAACAAGCUAAACGAUCACGUCAACAACAACGGCUUGAACACUUCGGCACGUCAUCAAAUACGGCGAAAUUAGCACACUUGCAGAUAGAACCUUUCGAGGAUACGCAGUAUGAAGAUGGGAAUCCCAACCAGGAGAAAAACAUUCAUAAGGCAGGAGAUGGCGAACCAACGGAUGUCGACCCGCUAGAUGAUUCACAGUUCAGUGACGACAACGUCAUAUACGACCCGAGAGACGUUUUCCAGGCCGGAGCUGUCAACCAAGCGGAAGUAGAUCUGCAAGAUGGUUUAUUUAUCAAUUGAGGAAGGUGACGAAAGUCGUGAGGAGUUUGAGCUGCUAACAGAACGUGAACGUGAAAGCCCCGUGGAAGAUGAGAUGUUUUCGCCACUAUUUGAAUUUGUUGCUGUUGAAGAGCAUGCCUGUACCGUUGAUAGCAACGACGACGACAUUUACUGCGCAAAUGUCUUGUUUCCUAACUGUGGUAAUACCUUAAAUUUAAAAAAUACUAAAUCAGACAACAAGCAUACUUUCAAGAUUAAGGAUGCCAGCGGCAAAAUUAAGCACAUAAAAAAAACUACGCUUGUCUGGAUGUUGACACAAGACCGCCACAAACUAUCAACAGACCGCCUGCGUAGAUUCCAACAAAAAAAAAAACAACAAAUAAGUAAGGUUAGCAUUUAGUUCCAUCCAAACAAACAUCACAGAUUUUUCUAGUCAAUUUAAACUUCUUUGCUUAAACUCCUCCACAACGUUACCCAUUUUUGAGUUCAAAAAUUCUACCCGGUUCUGAGUGUGCUGGAGCAAUUAUGCGGUAGAGUGUAUGUUUACUAAACAGUUUUGUUUUUACCAAUGUUCCAGCCUGAUCGUCGUCACACCCUUAGAGCUGUUUUUGAUUCGCCGGACGAGAAACGACUUUAAGCAGGAGAUCAUCAACGCUGACCUGAGACAGCUGGUUCAGGUGUGAACCGGUAAAUGCAUUUCAUUAAUUCUUCAUCGACUUAUUUGCCUUUUUUUAGGAAACUUGUAACGAGACGUUUCCGGCUAGCAAAAACAAAAUAAACUUCAUGACUGUAUUGCGUACCGAUUCUCAAAACAUACAAACAUGCGCUUACGCGACCUCGCAAACUUUGCCUAAUCUGGCUCUAUCUAAAUGCGGAACAUCAUGUUUUGUGUGAAAUUGUGCUUAAAACUAGCGGUACUUGCGCGCUGGCGCCUCUCCUCACUGUUGCUGCAUGCUGCCGCGUUCGCCCUCAGCAGUCACCCCGAAGUCAGCCACGACUCGAUCCUUCCUGACGGCCCACGACGCGGAAGCGCCGAGCGAUCCGCGUCCCCGCGCUCUCACGCGAUUCGCACAAACGUGUGCUCUUGUCCCGCACGGCGGCCGUUCGAUUCGGCUCGCUCCGCCCGUAACUUCUUCAGCACCGGUCCGCCUCGAUGUCCAGAUGAGCUCGAGUCUCCACCAAAAGACCCUCUCCUGGAGGGUCUUCGUGGCGGUCAAUCUGACCGUGGCCGUCCGCUUCGGUUGCGGGUGGUGGAGGUGGAGGUGCUUAGGCCGGUUCCGCUGUGCGUUCUUGUUCCUGCUGCUAGUUGUACCCACGCCGUUCCAGAUCGGCGUUCUCGAGAUUGUAUCGGCACCAAUUUUCGCGGUUCGUUGAUGUCGCUCUUCCUGGCUUGAGCGCGCUUCGAGCGCGGGAUGGUAUUGUCCGCUUUGAGUCAGCCUUCGUCCAGGCAGAUGCGUCACCGUCUCGUGUGCGGUGCGGUUCCGUUUCCCACGCGGGACUUUUGGUUCGUCGCCUUACCCUUUUCGAAGCCGCCGUGCCGCCUUUUCUGCACCUCUGUCCUCUUCGUGUCGCGCCCGGGUUGCGUUGGGCCUGAGGCUCUUGCUGGUGCGGGUUUUGUUUACCCGCGGAGCCGUCGUUGCGACGCUUGAGGAGGGCGCACAGGGGCGAUGGCGGACACACGGAACGUCUCACAAGGGAGCACACACGGGUCACUACCGUUCGCGAAACUUUCCUCGAACGCGCGGAACACACGUGGUUUUUGACCACACUCGUGCACGUUGGUGCGCGGACAUGCACUUGCUUAGGCUGAUCGCAGCAGACUGAAUGCUCUCGCCGACUUCCCGUUUGCUCUUGCGGUCGCGCAGUUUCCUCUCACGCUCUUGCUUGGGUUGUGGUGAGUUCCUUGGUGAACGCCAACUGACAGCGGCCGAGGGGUGAUGCGGGGAAUUUCGCGCAGACUUUUCACAGUUUCGGUACAAACUAGGACUAAUAAUUACAUUUUCGCUACCAAUUAAGUCUAAUCGUUAUAAACUGUUUUGCACCUCGCAGAGACAAAACAAGACGGACGAAUCGCACAAAACAUUGCUAAAGAGAUCCACCUCGAAGCCGGCAAGGAGCUGGUCAGUUGUUAUGGCAAACAGCUCUUGUUCUAGUUGCUAUUAUUCUUUUCUACAGUUUUCAGAUUAAGUGAGCCAUGAAACGUGAAUUGGAGGCGUCGACGUUGACGGAUCGACGGAAUGAAGAUGGCGAACGAGUACUCAGCUUGUCAUCAGCUUCGAAAGGAAACGGUGCCGGCGUUGUCCACGAUGAGGAGAUUAGGAUCCAAUCUUUCAAGUGAUCUUAGUUUCAUGUUUAGCAUCGGUUAGCAAAAAAAGUACUCGAUUAACAAACACAAAAAAAUAAGUUUUGUCAAAAAAAUGCUCCAGUUAUUAGCAUAGCAUUGGUGUCUACCCGUAGCUGCUACUUCGUUAUUGACCAGGACCCCCAAACAUUGCUCCGUGGACCACAGAUGAAAAGUAGGAAUCAAUCAUCACCCCUUCGCAAUUUUCAAAGGUCCCUAUCAUGCUGAUCAAUACCGACGCCGGCCACGACCAGAGGUAAGACACGGGGAAGUGGAUGGGAAUGUUAGUCCGAUACUUGAGUGAUGGGACCGCCAAAUCGACUGCGUCUCCGACAAAGUAUCACAUGAGUUUUGAGGGGUUAGUAAGAUGGGUAUGAGGUCAGGAUUCACUGUGGUAGGUGAUGCGACCAUAAGCAAUUUGUUUAUCGGUUGAAAUUUUAAAAAUCUUAGGCAGCCGGCUGCGGAAAGAUAGCUAUCUAGGGAUUUAAAUAUAGUAUUAAUUCGACCGCGAUUCUCCAGAAAUUCUCCGUCGGCGUGCCUUCCGAUCAACGGUGAUGUAAGAAGGGCUUCAUUUAUUGAAAUGAUUAUUGAAAUGAUAUAGAAAGGGCUUAAUCCAGCAAUACGACUUGCUAGUCUCAAAAAAAAAUAGGUCCGUUUUUAUAGAAAACUAUAAAUAGAGAACAACACAAAAAAACUCAUCGGCCAACGAACGCGAGUGGAAAAAAAAACAAUGAAAAAAAAAGAAG